AUGAACAAUCAUCCAGUUAUAAGUAUAUUAUUUAACAAAUACAAGGAUAUUUAUAAUAAGUUACCGAAUAAUUUACAUAUAAUUUUAUUACCUGAAGCAAAAACCUUACUAAAUACAAACAUUGAUAUCGAUUUUAUAAAAAAACAUAUAUUUUAUAAAUGCCAUUUAAAAAAUAUUUAUAUAAAUUUGCUUGAUCAGUGUAUUGAAAUUGACUCAAAAUAUGUAAAUACAGGGUAUGGCUUUGAAGAGAAUAGGAAAUGUGAAAUUAUAAAAGAAGAAAUUAAUUCUAAUUAUAAAUUUCUAAAAGUAAUUUUUAUUAGUUUGCCAUUAGAAGGAGAAUAUGAAAAAAAUUUAUCUAUAAAUUAUAUUAAUAAUAAUGAAAAUGAUAUAAGCACUUCAGAUUAUAAAAAUGAUGUAACCUUUUUUUUCAAUAAAAAUAGCAUUUGUAGGGAGUUCUUAUAUUCUCAAAUUUUAGAUUUUGCAUAUUCUUAUAUUAUUGUUACAGGAUAUGAAAAUUUUAUUGGGAAAAAAAUUUUAAGCAUAGUAGAUGAUACGUUAAAAUUGCAAAACAGCGAAAAUGAAAAAUUUUUCAGCACUGAUAUAAAAAUUCCCUUAAUUAAAUAUGUAUAUUCAUAUUUGUAUAAAAUUAUAUGGAAACAUCUAAUUAAAAAUUAUGAGAAAAUAGAAUAUAGCAUUCAAAAAAAAAUGAAUACUCUUAGGAACAAUAUAAUUGCCUUUUUAAAAAAAUCAAAUCUUGAGAAUUUUAGUUUAUUUCAUGUGGAAACUAUAUCUUUUCAUCUUAAACAGAUCGAAAAAUGCAUUAACCCCAUUGAUAAGAUUUAUAUUUUAGACAACAUAAGUAAUAUAAUAUGUGAAAUAAUUUCCAAGAAAAAUAUCAAUUUGAAAAAAAAAAACUAUUUGGAAAUUUAUGAUAUAAAUAGUGAUAAUUUAAUUUCUAUUCUUGCAGCUUCAAUUGCUUAUAGUCAAAUACAAAAUAUAAUAAGUCAUUCUAUUCAUUUACAUAUGUAUAUAGAUAAUUUAAGCACCUCUGAAAAAAUUGAUAAAUUGUCUUUCAUUUUUACAAUAUUUCAUUCAUCAGUAAUUUAUCUAUGCGAUAUGAAUGAUUUAUAA